AUGGUGGCCAAGAUGAUCUACGACGUCCUCGCGUCAUUCACGUGCCCGAGGACCAUCACCUUCAAAGACUGGCGCCUGGGCUUCACGCACAAGGCGCUCAUGGCGGCCAUCGUCUCGUACGUCUGCUGGAACCUAUUCUCGUCGCAGCUCUUCUUGGUGGACUCCGUCCCGCUCGGGCUGGUGUCCAUAUGGCCCACCAGCGAGUACAACGGGAGCCUCGGCGUCGCCAACUACAGGGAGGCGAGGGAGACGUUCUACGAGGAGUACACGAGCGCGCGAAAGAGGGACAAGACGUACCGGUACUGCGACAACAAAAAGUACAGUUACUACUACGACGCCAACUACGACUACAGGGACAUAUCGUGCGCGCUGUGGCAGGAGGAGCAGGUCCCGGCCAAGGGCGAGUCGCAGAUGUUCUUCACCACCUUCGUCCAGGAGAACUCGGUGUCCUACGUCACCGUGGAUCCCGACUUUGACGGCAAGUGCGAUCGCGACAUGUUCGUGAAGGCUGGGAUCGACGAGGAACUGUGCCCGAAGCACGGGGAGGUAUCGCACUCGCUGGGGCGGUGCUACUGCCGCAACACGCGGAACAUGUUCGUCGCGGCGGCGGAGAACAUGACGCUCAACAUGGAGCACAAGUACAUGGCCAUGUACGGCGAGGGGUUCCUGCCGAGGACGAUAAUUCGCGUGGAGGGCAGUUUGGAGAACCUUCACGAGUUUCAACCAGGGGAGACGCUCGCGGUUCCCGUGCUUAAGAUACUGGAAUUCCUCGGCGCGAACCUGGACGAGGUGUACGACCCUAAGGUUAAUCCCGAUGAUGCCACGCUGAGGCUCAAGGGCAUGCAGGUCACCGCCAAGUUGCAGUACUACAAUUACCACCAGGCUCCCGGUUUUGAAAAACAGAAGGAUGGCAAGCCGGGUGAGACGAUUUGCAUCCUCGAGUUCAGCCAGCAGGACAUGUGGGCGUCCAUGGGUAACAAUCCCGAGUACUCGGUGACCACCGCGCACAAGGGCGGGUUCGUUGACAGGUACCGUUACGGCAUCAAGGUUGUCAUCCAGGCGUCGGGAAUAAUAUCGACGGUGGAUCUGAUGUUCAUGGUCAACACCGUGAUCCAGGGUCUGGUGCUGCUCAACAUCGCGGUCGUCGCGACGCAGAUGAUCGCCUUCUACGCGCUGGGAGACAGGAGUAAGAUGUACAAGGAGCAGGGCAACGAGACGGCGAGCUUCGAGCGCGAGGCUGCCCGGUUUGCGGUCCAAUCCAUCGUCGCGGGUCACGUGUUCCAUCUGUUGGACGAGGACAAGAGCGGAGCGCUCGACCAACAGGAGGUGUUUGAGGCAAUCAAACGUCACAUAGAGGGCAGCGGCUUGACCGAGGAGGAGAUGGACACGCUCGCGUCGUUCGUCAUACACCAGGCCGAGCUGGAUAGCGAACAAUGGGGAGAGAACGGGCAGGCUGGCGUGAUCGAGUUGGCGGAGUGGGACAACCUGUUCACCUCGGGACACGCCGACUUCCACUCGCUGUCGCGCAUGAUCAAACACCUGGACAAGCAGGAGGCGUCGUUCCUGCUGGACAGGGCCAAGUCGUUCAGGCAGUCGCUGGGUCGGGGGUACGGCUCCAUAGGCUCCAAGAACGUGUAG